AUGACCAACCUGUCCGAUCAGGAGUAUCAGCUCGAGGCCCUAAACGCUGAGAUGCAGAACGCUCUCAACUAUCUGGAUCCUUCAUGCCAGCUUGCAGCCCAGAUUCGAGAAGCGAUGGUUCUGAUACGGUGCUAUGAGCUUCUCCAACAGUCACGGGCCUACCAAGGCUCCGAAGAAACAAUCCGCGAGGAUGUUUCGGACGUCGCCUUGGACCGUGGUAGCGACAUCGACUCUAACCAAGUCUCUCGUCCACUUUCGCCCACUGCUCCCAGCGAAGUCAAGGAAGACAAGGAGACCACAGUCACUGCAGGCGAGAGAAACGCAACGCUUGGUUCAAGCUCGGAAUCGACCUCGACCCUUGAGCAGCCCACUAUUCUUAACUAA